AAAAAGGAGGAGUUUCUCAUCCAGCGUGCUCGGUCAAAGGCAGUCCUCUGGCAGACAGACACUGUGAGCUCCCGGAAAGUAACAGGCAGCAUUAACUGUUUGAUUUUGGCGAAAGAAGGACGAGACUCACAACAUGGCUGUGGCUGGCUGCACAAAAUGCAUUAAAUAUAUGUUAUUUUUCUUUAAUUUUAUUUUCUGGGUGAGUUGAACCUAUUUUACUUUAAACUUAAUAUGUUAACUGAAUACUUGUGCUUUCUCUAAACUUUUCCCCAUCCUGUUGUUGAUGAAAUCACAUCUCUGUACUUUGCACUUUGAUCUGAUGAUAAACUGUGAAGUUUGGAGAAGUUUCACCACUUGAAGUAUGUUGCUGUGUCUCAUGAGAAGCAUCCACAGUCCAUGUAUUCUCAGUGAGCUUCAGCACGAGCAGGGCACAAGUGUAGGGGGGACGCCUCACACUGAGUGGGCUCCAGACUUCUGCAAGGAGAAGAGAACUUCUUCCCCUCCUGCCUGUCUGACAGAAACGAUAAAAGUUGGCACAGUUUGACUUUCUAAGGUCUUAUUCCUGGAGAUGUUUUGGAUGGAAAAUGAAAAAACUUGCCCCCAGUAGUGGGCGAUUGCUGGUUGUUUUUCCGGGGUCUGUCUCUCUCAAGAUAAAAUACCCAUGAAGAGGGAGACUGAACAAGGUUAAUAGAGUUUGGGGGGAGGGGGAAGCUGUUGCCCCCCCUGACAUUUCCUUUGUUCCUACCUUUGUUAGCAGACUGGAGCCUUUAUUGCCUUUGAACCUUUAAAGGGCUCAGGAAACUCCUUGUCCCAUGAUGAAGUUUGGGAAUCAUGUUCACAUUUGUACUCUACUUCGCUCUACUUUCAUCUGUUUUGGUUGUGGAGAAGUUAUUUAAAGUUAAAGUACAUCCUCGCUCUUUGGGACUGACACAUCAGACAUCCUGGAAAUGCGCUGUCCACGCUGCAUGUUCCCUCCUGUCCUUCUUUGGUUCGAAAUUGGCGACUUGUUUUUGAAUUUCUUUCGGUUUGUCUUCACAGAACAGUAGUCUUUUUUUAGAUGAGUACAAAUCCCCGUAUCCUGGACACGCCACUCUUGAUGGAGUGUUUCCUCUGUUGGUUUUGCUGCUGUGCCUGUCAUUGUGAAAACUCUGAGCCCUCUCUUCCUCGUUUUGCUAUUUUUCAUCUCGAGGAUUCAGUUUCCUGUUUCUUGGGGAACAAUAGAGAGCAGUCAUGACACUCAAUGUGCAGAUAUCUUUGAAUAAACAUUGACAUCAAAAGUGUCAGCGAUGUGAACAAAAUGUUUCGCUUGAGAUGAAGUUUCAGCAGCGAUGCUUCACAUCAGAACGUUCCUGUUUUUUAUCAGAGGGGAAAAUAAGGAGAUGAAGUUGAACGUAAAACUCCUUGAGGUCAAAGUGUGGGCUGUAGGUCACUGAGGUGUCAGGAUUUCCGUUCACCGCGUGUGUUGAAAGACAACAGACGGUUCAAAACCUGACAGCUGAGUCGGACACACAGAGGGAAACAUCAGCAGAAAACUUUAGACACCAACCUGACCUUUGAUAAAUCAGCAAUACGUGUCAGAAAAACUCAUGAAAGUUAGUUCCCGCAGGUUUGUUUUAAUGUUCUUGCUAAAGUCUCUGUUGAAUUUCAUACAUUUUGAAUGACUCUAAUCCCUCCAAGUGAAUCCACAUUAAAGAAAAUAAUGGUCUUUCUUUUCUCGGGGAUAGCUGGCCGGAGGCAUAAUCUUAGGAGUGGCCUUGUAUCUUCGCCAUGACAGUCAAACCAGCAACCUCCUCAUACUACAGUUUGAGGGGCAACAAGCACCAGGAACCUUCUAUAUAAGUGAGUAAAUCACAAUCAACAUGUACACCAUCACACACAAAAAACAGUGUCUAAACACACACACACACACAUGUAUAUUUAGGUUUUCUAAACACUCUGAUUUACAUGGUAGUCCUUGAUGCUGGUUCUCUUGGGAGCUUCAUUCUUUGUUCUCCACACGACAGGAAGAUCCCUGUUAACACCGCGGUAAAAGUCAACUUUAUUUACAGAAAUAUCUGUCAAUCACACUGAAGCUGAAACCGUACGUGUAAUGUCCAUAAAUAGUUAUAGAGGUGUGACCACCGUGACAAGACCAGGAAACAGGACCUGCGUAAAUCCGCAGCAUGACUUAAGAGUGGCACAGCUGGCCUCCACGUCGUCGUGUUUUUACUCAGCUGCUGGUUUGACAGAUCGACACAAAUGAAGGUGAUGUUCCUUAAAUUAGAGGAAUAUACCUGGUAAUGUUUUUUUUAUUUUAAGUUGUAGCUUGGAGGCUUUUCAUCACAGAGUCCAGAUGCUUCAGGCAGAUGUUGAUGCAUAUGUGGAAAUUAAUGAUUCAUGAGCAUGGUGCACAAAUAAAGCAGCCAUUCACCUUCUGUUGUAUGGGCUUCAACGUUUUAGAGUCUUUUUUGGGGGGGAGUUUCAUAUUACAGCAGGACAGUGUUUCGUUUGUAUAUCUCUAUCGGAGAAAUAUGCUCCCAGGGCAUGGUCACUGCAUGAACUCAAGUCAUAAAUCAUCAUCAUGUUCCCUUCACUGCCCGCAGUAACCCACAGAUUGGCCCUUAAACCUACAAUAUACGAUAUGAUUUAGACAUUUCAAAGGUCCAUCCUCUCGGUUUGUUGUGGUGGUGAACUCUAGUGAGCCCACUAAUUUACAUUUGAACCCUUACUGCUCACCCAUACUUACCCAUCAGUAAGUAUACAGAGCGAAUACAAACCCAGCUUUUUAUAGAAUGAAAAGGCACACUCGUGAUUUUAAAGGCAGGGCUGCAAAGAGAGGCCCACCCAAGCAAGAUCAAGGAAAUGUUUUUUUUUUUUUGUCUCCUCCCUCGAACAUACGCCCUUGCAUAAUUCAAAUAAUGUUCUACAUCUGCACAUUAACCCUCAAAUUAGAGUUUGGAGUGGAUGUUUUUAGCGUGCUGGCACACCAAAGUGGUAUUUAUGUAAGGCUGAAAAUACACAUUCUCCUACCUCUCAACCCGUGCCUGAAAUCAUUAUUGGGUAUGGCUGAAGCCUACACAGGUUUCUGCAGCCUCAAGAACUGAACGAAACAUAGAAGUUAUCAGAUUCACUGUCUGUAAUUCAAAGUCUUGUUCAGAACAGCUUUUUUGUAUCAUAAUGAAUCAUAAAGCAUAAAGAAGAUGCUUACUGUGUGUGUAGGACAGCUGUGAAAGGAGACGAAAUAAUAGUGAGGAAUUUCAGAAACUAAAACCAGCUCCUCCUUAUAAAUGCUACUUUAUUCAAACAAGAAAUGUGUGGCAACUCCUAAAGUCAUGUGAAAAUAAACAAAGACGUUUUUGGUUUUAAAGUUUAUUUGAAAUUUCCUUUAAGUUUCCAAGUCCUGAAUGUUACAGUAAUAGAGCCAGAGGGUAACAGCUCUAGUUUUUACCAAAAUGUCAAACUGCUUAUGAUAAAAUAUUUCAAUGUUUUAAUAUGAAUUUCCUCUUUUUUUUUAACCUCCACUUUAAGUUUCUUUGCCUAUAACUUCUUGUCAGUGUCUCUAUAGAAAAUGUAAAUCCAUAGAUGUAGCUUAGUUUAGCAUGAGGAAAGUCUGCAUGAGGACAACAGGCAAUCCUGGCUCUGUCCCAACACCACAUUUCAUCUUGUUUGUCCAGAAGAAACAGUGAAAAAAAACAUCAAGAUGUUGGCUUCUUGGGCAGAUUUUUCUAAGAUUUCCAAGAAGGACCGAGCCAGCUUCUUUUCUUUUUAGCUAUCAGGCUUCUAGACUUGAUUUAUCACAUAAGCAAACAUCUAUUCACAUUACACUCUUGUGAGCAGCUGUAAAAAGUAAGUGUCAUCUCACCACCCAAGUGGCAGAGAACACUUAUUUUGUUUAGGCUUCUUUAAAUGCCCACAAACAUAGUGUCUGAAUUUAUCACGUCAUUUCUAAAAAAUGAUCUGCCGCUCUCGAGCUCCAACUCUCUCUGUUAACAAGAUAUCACAAUGAAAUGUUUAUAUGGGCCCUUUUAAUAAUUUAUCCUCAUUACAUUAUUCAUACAGUGGCAAAGUGUAAAACUUGGUUUAUCUGGAUUUUUUGGUGUCAUGCUCUGACAUUGUGAACAUGGCUUAAAAGGUCCUUUUUUAAGAUACUGGGUUGGAAAAGAUGAGAGAAGUCUUAAGCUGGGCUUUUAUCUGGUCUUUACCCUAUUUCCUUCGUCUCUCUCUCUCUCUCUCUCUCUCUCUCUCUCUCUCUCUCUCUCUCUCUCUCUCUCUCUCUCUCUCUGUCUGUCUCUGGAGAUUACUCUGAGAGACAAAAAAUAAAUGAACUUCCCCUGGUGGUAUAAAAUUGCCUGUCUCCCUUAAAAGUCUCAAGUCUCAAUAGCCUUGAGACCUCAAAGGGUGUUGUCAUAGUAAUGGAAGGCGGUGGAAAUAAUGCCUGCUUUGCUGCAUUGCAAACAUCAAGUCCUGAAAGGAAAGAGAGAGAGAGAGAGAGAGAGAGAGACCAAGGAUAAAGGAAGAGGAGGAGGAGGAGGAGGGUGUCGAUCUGAGGCAGAGAGAAAAAGAAAGAUGUAGGUGUAAGUGUGGUAGAGAGUAGUGCGUGAUAUCGGCCCUCAGACGCAACAUAGUUGGAGUUUUUUACUGGCUCUUUUUCAGGCCACAUAACAUGCUGCGUGUUCUUUGUUUGCUCGUGUUUAAGAAUAGACAACCCAGAAACUCCCCGACUAUCUGGCUAAAAUAAGUGCUGUACAAAGUAUCCACAUCCUUUACUGACGUAAACGUACCAGUGCACCAGUUUUAUUCUGCCAGUUAGUUAACUUCAGUGGUUUCCAACCUGAAGGGCAAAGCAUUUCCACAGAGUAAAAAGACCGACAUGAGGUGUGACAAAAUAAUUAAAUUGGGAAGGGAAAAAAAUUCUCCAACAAGUAUUUGCUUUUACAGUAGGAACUUUUCUCUCUUCUUCCCUUUUUUUCUGUAUGAAGUAAAUCUAGAUCUGAUUAAUUGCAUCUGAAUAUUAACUUCUUAGUAGAAACACUAACCCUAAACACUAAAGUCGUGUGUCUCUGCUGAAUAAAAAAGGUUUUGGUUAGAGUGACGGUGAGGCAAAGGUUAAUGUGGAGCUAAAGCUCGCAGGUAAACCAAAGGUUAAAUUCUGUUUUUUCAAACAAACUCUAUCUUAUUGGAUAUUUUAUCCCUUUCAAGCAAUUUCUCUCAGCUGAUCAUAGUUUCUGGUCUGAAGAAGUGGAUCCAUCCAACCACUGCCUGACAUUUUAUGAUUUUCUGUUAUCAUUCAUGACAAAAAAAAAAAGGAAAUAGCUUUUUUUGCAUCCCCAAACCAGUUUCAUACUUUGAAAGGAAUCUUGAUCCAUGAAUUUGAGACUCUGGAAACAUCUGCUUAAUGAUAAAAACUGAGCUGCAGCUGCUGAUGUGGAAUUCAAGAAAACCUUGGCUACAGAAUGAAACCCGCCCCGAGAUUUUACUGAAAGUCACUGAAAAUAAAUGUACCAACUGUGACUGCUUCUCAUCAAACACAUUGUUGGAGAUUACAUCUGAAAUUGUAUUUAUGUAAAUGGAUUAACCUUCUCUAUAAUGUGUUCCCUCAUUUCCAUACUCCUCUGCCCUGUUAGUGUUUACUCUCUGCAGGUUUGUUUUGCAUAAUUGCGCUUUCAAUUCAACCACCAUUGGGUAUAUCUCAGAAAAGGCUUCUGGUCUCUGGAGGCCGUCUUGUUUAAAUUAGACUCAAUUAAAGAGGAAUAAGAAAGCAGCUGAAGUCUUCUGCAGAACUUGUGCUGCUUUCUACUUCAAAGCUACUAAAAUACAACAAUAGAUUUUUUCUUAUCUUUGUACAGCUGCUAUUUAGAUACAGAUUUCCUUUACAUAUCAAAGGCACCGUUUAGAAAAUGAUGUUCAUCUGUAAUUUAAAGACAUCUUGAUUAACUUUAGUGACCUUUUAAUGUAGUGUAAAUCAUUUGCAAUAAAGUUAGUGGGAUGGUUUUUUAUUCACCAUCCCUUUGUGUCCAUAACAUUUUCCUGUAGAUUGCAACAUAAGCCAGACCUGUGCUGUAAUCAGAGAUUUAUUGCUAUUCAUUGACUCCCAGUGAAAUAGAACCGCCUACACUCCAGCCUGUUACACGGCUCUGUUUUUGACAAAAAGUCAUGGAAAUUUUGGAUUUAAAAAAACUGUAAGUACGUGACCGAGUGACUUUGCCUUCACAUCGGUCCCUCUGUUUCCUGGGGAAGGAUAAUGCCGCGGUCAGGGGUCAGUAGAGGGAGUUCGUUGGGAGGUGGGCGGGGGUUGUCUGGAAAGCAUUUCCCGGUCCAGGCAGCUGAACAGAUUUGGCUCCACCUUUCUCAGGAUGGGUGACUGUUUGUCCGCAGGAUGUCAAUAAUGUCAUGUCAUCCUACAGGGAAGGCAAGAAAACAUCCAGGAAGUCCAUUACCCAACUGUAUCAAUGAAUGAACAUCAGAGAAGUAGUGCUUGAACACUGCUGCCCCCUAGUGAGGCCAUAAUGAACUGCCUUCCUUCAAACUUUUCACAUCUAAGUUUGACUCUGUGUUUGCAGGUGUGUACAUACUGAUAGCUGUUGGGGCUAUAAUGAUGCUUGUCGGCUUCCUCGGUUGUUACGGCGCCAUCCAGGAAUCUCAGUGCCUUUUGGGAACAGUAUGUAUCUCUUUUUUUUUCUCUUUUUAAGUAUUUUGUUUGUUUAAAUCCAAAAAAGACUAAACAGUUCUCAUAACCUUUUUUCUUUUCUUUAGUUCUUCUUCUUUUUGGUGAUCCUCUUUGCUUGUGAAGUGGCUGCAGCCAUCUGGGGUUUCAUGAACAGGGACACAGUAAGACAAAAACACAGAAGCCUGCACAUAUAUUUUCUGCCCAGCUUUACGUUGAUUAAUUGAUUGAUUGAUUGAUUUUCCUCCUUUGCUCCAGAGUAACAUGCUCAGUUUGUUGCGAUGUCUCUAAAACAAAGUCUCACCUGACUUCUCACAGAUCUCCAAAGAACUGAUCAACUUCUACGACUCUGCGUACAUCAAGGCUGUGGAUGUCUCAGGGUCUCCUAGUAAAGACUCAGCCAUCAAAGUGCUGGACGUUUUCCACACUACGGUGAGUGAUGAGUGGACUUAAUUUCAUCAGUCUCUUACUUGGUGAGAGCCAACUACUCUAUUUUCAUCAAUAUUAAUCUACUCCCAUGAUGUCUUUUUGAUUGAGUGACUUUCCUCUCAGCUUGACUGCUGCGGUAAAGGGGACGACACAGCUCUCUUCGAACAAGUGAAGGGCACCUUGUGUCCCAGAAAGUCCAGAGAGGAUUUCCUGAGAUCUCAGGUACACACAUGUCCAUCCUUAAAGUUACAUACAUACUCUAUGUGAAAAUUGUUUGUUUAAGACAUAAUACUUAUCUAGGUCUGUUAUUCUUCAGUAGUCUUAGAAUAUGUAUAGAUAGGCUUAAAUAUGACAUUGUUAAUGUUCAAUGUCAAUCUGCAGAUUUCAGUAAAGCAAUGCUGGAUUUUUUAAGUAAAAUAGCAUUUUUCUUGAAGGUUUACAUUUACAUCAGAACUUUGAUUUGGUGAAUCUCAGCUGGGAGAGGUUUCAGCUUCCUGUGACCCCAAACAGGACAUGCAGUAUAGAUAAUGGAUGGAUGAUAGACCUGUUGGUAUAGCCUCUGUGUCCCAAAUUCAUGGUCUUUUUCCUGACAACUGCUCUCUCAGAAAUGACCUCAUUUAAAUUAUUAUGGCACAGAUGCAGUACUGUCGUUACCUUGACCAGUUUAACUCCAAAACACUUGACAGGAUCGACAAACUGUAAACUGACAAACGUCUGGCUGUAGAUGUUCUGCCUGGUUUUUAAGAUUGGGUUGACUCACUUUACUUUUUAUGUUGUGUUUUAAUGCAUAAUAUUCUCCUGUCUGAUAUUGAUUUUGUGUGUACAGAUGCUCUUUGUCAGAAACUUGGUCAACUGUGCAGCUGCCUGUUUUGGCCAGGAAACUCUUAAACAAGAAAUUUUUAAUGAGUUUCCAAAUGAAAAUGAAAGAAAGUGAAAUUUAAGCCUUGGGUUAAUAAUCCAACAGGAAUAUUAAAAAUGAUUCUGAAAAUGAAUCAGAACAACACAAUGUCUUGGAUGGUUAAAUGCACAUGAGGUCAGGGUAAAAUUGAACUGAUACAUUGUCUGUACUGAGUCUAAUGACUUGAACCUGACUUAAAUCCUUCUUUGAAUCCUCGUAGGUAUUAACAUCUCUGAUUGCACAUUACAAUUAAUAAUUUACAGUUGUGCGGUUACAGCAGCAGACAUUCAGCACACUGUUUUGACAGCGGACAAAGCUCUUAUUUCAUGAAAUCCAUAGGUGUAUGUCUGGUGUGAGUAUCAUAGGAUUCUCUCUGCUCCUCUCUCUUCUCAGAGCUGUCACGAUAAGCUGAUUGAGUUGUUCUCAGAGAAGCUCUACGUGAUCGGUCUGGCUGCUCUGGUUGUUGCCGUCAUCAUGGUGAGAGUUAGAUUUUAGAGUUGUUGCAAUAGUGCAGCUGUGAUAAGGAUGCUUGAAAGCUCUUCUAUCUGUUUUUCCCUGUUUAGAUCUUUGAGAUGAUCUUCACCAUGGUGCUCUGCUGUGGGAUCCGUAACAGCCCGGGAGUGUACUAGAAGUCCAGCCAACAAGCUCCUAGUUUACCCUGUGCCUCCUUAUACCCUGCCCUCUUUUCCUUGAGAGAAUGAAACAACCAGAAGGAUAUUUUUCUUUUUAAUUUUAGUUGAAGAAAACUUGUUUUGAAUAUUGCUAAUAUUAAUUCUUAUCUCUAGUUCACAUAGAUUUAGCUUCUGUUAGAUUUUCUUUAUCACUGCAUAUCAAUACAUACGUUGUUGUAAAAUAUUUCUCUGAAGUCCUCAAACAUCAUGAUGUUUUCGUGGAUGUAAAAAUUGUGUAUAUAUGUGUCAUAUGGGAGAAUCUCUGUAUUCCCUGUUUGAGUGUUUGUGAUGCUUUUACAGUAUUAAAGUACAAAGUAUUAAAAGUACAGUCUUAUAUAAUAACUGAAGCAGUAGGUUUGAGGUUUGAGGUUAGUUUAUGUGUCGACUUGUCUUCUGCGCGUCUGUUCUUUGUUGAAACUUGACAAAAACAAUUACGUCUGCUCACUAAACCUGUUUUGAUAAUGCUAAUAAAUUAUGCUUCACUUUUAUUUUUUUUUGGGUGGAGCAAACACUACCCUAGUUAACCCUUCAUUUUGCUUGUGACUCCUUCAAAUUAUGUAAUUUCUCAUUCAUUAAGUCUAUAAACUGAGAACUGUUGGAUUAGAGAGAAUAAUCAGCUCAUGUCAUUUCAUUUGGAUCUUUAAUGGGAUGCAAACAAACAAACAAACAGGAGUACUUUAAACAAGAUUUAACAAAAAUAUAAAAGUCUGUUUUUUUUAUGCUGACAUUUUUUAAAUGUUUUUUAUAUGUAGCAACAACAAAAUUCUAAUUUUAUUUGUCAUACGCAUGUAUGUAUGGUACAAUGUCUGGUGAAAUGUUUUGGGUACCUGUCCAACCAAAAACAUACACACACUUGUAACAUAAAAUACAUUUUAAAGCAACUACUCAAAACUGUGGGCUGAAAUGUUAACAAAAUAAAGAGUGGGAAAAGAAAAGUAAA